UGCGGGGUGGUUAACCUCCACUUCUGUGUUAUUGAGGGGCCGAAUGGAGGCAAAAGUCGUCAUUUCCCGGGGAAGAAGGGCCCAAAAAAUUUAGGGUCUUUUUCCUUUCCCGGGAAAGUAUUAGUAGUGAAACGUUCGGGAUCAACUAGAAGGGUUUUGGGUGGGUCCAAGUUGAUUUUGAGUUUCUGUCUGGGGGAGUCCCAACAUACAUUUGGGAAUUUAUGAGCACGAGAUCUCCGAUUUCAAUAUCAGCAGGUGUCUUCUUCCUUGGCUCUUGGCUCCGGAGUAGUCAUUUUGUGGAUGGAUCCUAAUCUAAAAUUUUAUGUCUUGUUGGUGCUUGUUGGGUUAGUGGAUGUCUCUUUUGCAGAAACUGACUUUGGAAAUUGUGAAAGAGCUGUUAGAAACUGGGCUUCCUCUUCUCUUGAUAAGGAAAUCAGACAAGAUAAACACACACUAAGGGACUUAUUAUUCUUCCUACACGUCCCCAGAACUGGAGGGCGCACAUAUUUUCACUGUUUCUUGAGAAAGUUGUAUCCCAACUCUCUGGAAUGUCCUCGUUCUUAUGAUAAGUUGCACUUUGAUCCAAGAACACUUAAGUGUAGGCUAUUAGCUACACAUGACGACUAUAGCUUGACAUCCAAAUUUCCAAAGGAAAGGACUUCUGUGGUUACCAUACUCAGGGAUCCAGUUGAUCGUGUCUUUAGUACGUAUGAAUUUUCAAUAGAGGUUGCAGCUAGAUUUCUAGUGCAUCCAAACUUGACAUCUGCAAUAGAUAUGGUGGCGCGCUUGCGUGGCAAGACUAAAGGAGCAAGCACGCUUGAUAUCUGGCCAUGGAAGUAUCUGGUCCCAUGGAUGAGGGAAGACCUAUUUGCUAGGAGAGAUGUGAGGUAUGGGAGGGGACAGCAAAUAACUGAGAGCAAUGAUUCCUAUGACAUGGAAGAUUUUGCAAUGCCAUUACAUGAAUACAUCAAUCAUCCAGUGGCUGAGGAAAUUGUACACAAUGGAGCAACAUUCCAGGUUGCAGGUUUGACAAACAAUUCUUACCAUCCAGAAUCACAUGAAGUGCGCCACUGUGUACAAAAGCACAAGAGUCUUGGCAAAUAUGUGCUUGGAGUUGCAAAGAAGAGGUUGGAUGACAUGUUAUAUAUUGGUCUUACUGAGGAGCAUAGAGAAUCUGCAACUAUGUUUGCCAAUGUCGUUGGUGCUCAGGUGAUAUCACAGAUUAAGGCGCCAAAUUCUAGCCUGAAUAAUGCCGAUAACAUCGAACAGAGUUCAUUUUCAGAUUCAGAACCUGAUAACAAUGAACAUCAGAGUAGCACGUCAGACAAGGGAUUGAAUGAGACUGAUUCUGGUGAGAACAGAGAAUCAACAAAAUCUGAUAUGACUGUGGAAAAGCUCACAGAAGCUUACGAGAGCUGUAUUCAUAAUUUACGGAAGGCCCAGGCACAACGACGCAUCUCUUCUUUAAAGAAGAUUUCUCCUGUGAGCUUCUCAAAAGAGGCACGACUUCAGAUUCCUGAGGUAGUUCUCCAACGGAUACAAUAUCUUAAUGACCUUGACUUAGAGCUUUAUGAAUAUGCAAGAGACCUUUUCUCCAAACAACACAAAACCAUGCAGACACUGAAUCAGGAGAGAUGGGAUAAGAUAGCGAGCAGUGUCUACGGCCUCACUCUCUGGACAAUCCUUCCUCUGGCAAUCACUUUGGCCUUCCUCCUUUUCUUGUUCCUUGUUAUUGUAAAUGUGAGAAGAAGAACGUUGAAGGUUAAGCUGUGAAUGCCUUUAGAUUAUCUGAUUUAUCCCGGGGUUCUCAAGAGUGAGAAAACAGAUACAGUGUUGCAUGCGCGUCCAGCCUUGGCUGCCCGUGGCCUUAAUGCCCCAACUGGUCUUUUGCAAUUCUCCGAUCACUGAAAGCUGAAUCCUUGAGGGUCUAUUGCUAUUACAUGCAUGCUUUUAAUUUAGGACAAGUAUAUUCUACUCUUAAAAACAUUCCACUUCCAAUUUUGCAAGUCAAUUACUUUAAAUGCUGGGCUGUGGAGAGCUUGUGUGAUUUUUUGGCGCCUGAAUUUGUCUUACUGUUAUGGGGUUCAUUGCUCUUGGUCAAAA